AUGGACCUCCGUAGCACGAUCGAAUCUACCCUCUCCGCAGACGCCAAUGUGCGAUCCCAGGCCGAGACUGCCCUCAAGACCGCCGAACAGCACCAGGGCUUCACGACAGCCUUGCUCGACAUACUCCAGGCCGAGGAAAACACUGCGAUACGGUUGUCCACCGCAAUCUACCUGAAGAACAGGAUAUCGCGAGGAUGGCCCACCGAGAACCCAUUACACACCCCCAUACCAGACGCCGAAAGGAAACCCCUUCGAGACCGCCUCCUACCAGUGCUUGCGUCAACGCCUUCGCAGAUACGAGCCCAGCUGGUGCCAGCACUACAAACCAUCCUCCACCACGACUUCCCGACAAAAUGGCCAGAAUACAUCAACAUCACGAUACAGUUGAUGGAUGCGCAAGAUGCCACUUCGGUCUUCGCGGGAUUGCAGUGUUUGUUGGCAGUAUGCCGGACAUACCGGUUCAAGGCUGGUGAGAACGAGAGGACAACACUUGAUCAAGUGGUUCAGGCGUCAUUUCCCCGCGUUCUGGGUAUUGGCAACAGAUUGGUGGACGAGGCCAACCCCGAAGCGGGUGAGAUGUUGCGGUUAGUCGUCAAAUGCUACAAGCACGCCAUCUACUAUGAACUACCGACGCCGCUCCGCGAGCAUCAGACGACGGUAGACUGGUGUACCCUUUUCUUGCGAAUCAUCUCCCACGAUGCACCUGCGUAUGCGCAGCUCGAGGAAGUCGACGAAAGGGAACAAAGCCCAUGGUGGAAGACGAAGAAGUGGUGCUAUGCCAACCUGAAUCGGUUGUAUGUGCGGUACGGCAAUCCAACGACACUUUCGACUACGCAAGCAAAGGAGUUCGGAGACUUCCCCCAAAACUUCAUUACACACUUUGCUCCGGAAAUAUUGAAGGGCUACCUGGGCCAGAUCGAGAAGUGGGUAGGCGGCAACCACUGGUUGAGCAAGCCAUCGCUGUCAUAUACUCUCAUAUUUCUGGAAGAAUGCGUCAAGCCUAAAUCGAUGUGGGAUAUGCUCAAGCCUCAUAUGGACAAUCUCAUCAAGCACUUGAUCUUUCCAGUCCUGUGCUUGACAGAAGAGGACAUCGAAACCUUCACUGACGACCCGGCCGAAUAUCUACAUCGCAAACUCAAUUAUUACGAAGAAGUCUCGGCGCCCGACAUUGCAGCAAUCAAUUUUCUAAUCGCACUCACGAAAAAUAGGAAGCAGCAAACUUACGGGAUCCUGUCUUAUGUCAAUGAAGUUGUCACCAAAUACGAGUCUGCGCCUGAAGACCAGAAGCAGGCAGUAGAGAAGGAAGGCGCACUACGCAUGAUCGGCUCGCUUGCCUCCGUCAUCCUGGGCAAGAAGAGCCCCAUCGCUGACCAAGUUGAAUACUUCUUCGUUCGACAUGUGUUCCCAGAAUUCCGAUCACGCCACGGUUUCCUGCGAGCUCGUGCGUGUGAAACAAUGGAGAAGUUCGAUCAACUCGACUUCAAGGAUCCCAAUAACCUCAUGGUCAUUUACCGCAACAUGCUCGAGUCCAUGGCCGACACUGAGCUGCCGGUCAGAGUACAGGCCUCUCUGGCACUACAGCCGCUGAUCAGACAUGAUGUGAUCAGAACUGCCAUGCAACAAAAUAUCCCACAAAUCAUGCAUCAGCUUCUGAAGCUAGCAAACGAGGUCGAUGUGGAUGCUUUGUCAAAUGUGAUGGAGGAUUUCGUCGAAGUGUUCUCGGAACAGCUUACUCCUUUUGCGGUCGCACUCUGUGAGCAGCUACGCGAUACAUACCUCCGCAUAAUACGAGAACUACUGGACAAGAACGACGCCAAAGCACAGACAAAUGGCGACGCUCCAGAAUAUGGAGAAUAUCUCGACGACAAGUCAAUCGCUGCACUCGGCGUUCUGCAGACUAUCGGCACUCUCAUCUUGACAUUAGAGGCUACACCAGAUGUACUUCUCCAUCUUGAAACCAUCUUGAUGCCGGUCAUCACGAUUACGCUGGAGAACAAGCUCUUCGAUCUGUUCAACGAGGUCUUUGAGAUCGUCGAUUCGUGUACCUUUGCAUCCAAGUCUAUCUCCGACACCAUGUGGCAAGCUUUCGAGCUUAUGCACAAGACAUUUAGAGAUGGUGCCGAGCUCUACCUCGAAGACAUGCUUCCAGCCCUGGACAACUUUGUUGCAUAUGGCUCAGACAAACUGGUGCAGCAUCCGCCAUAUUUGCAGGCGUUGGCGGGUAUGGUUCGGGACAUCUUUCAGGAUCAGAAGGUCGGCAGUGUAGACCGUAUCUGCGGCUGCAAGCUGGCAGAGGCUCUGAUGCUGAAUCUCCGUGGUCGAGGCCCACUCGAUACAUAUAUUGAGACCUUCACGAGCCUUGCCAUGGAGACUCUUGCCAAUCCUGCCCUGAAGGCGAACAUGGUCAAGUCAUACAGACUGCAUCUGCUAGAGAUGGUCAUCAACGCCAUCUAUUACAACCCUCUACUCGCACUACAAAUUUUGGAGACCCAUAAUUGGACGAACAAGUUUUUCUCAAUAUGGUUUGGCAGCAUUGACACCUUCAGAAGAGUGCAUGACAAGAAGCUCUGCAUUGCUGCAAUUUCUGCUCUGCUUCCCAUUCCAGCGGAACAGGUUCCACAAACAGUUCAGACCGGCUGGCCGCGGCUGCUUCAGGGUGUUACAUACCUUUUCAAAACACUUCCUGCAGCGGUCAAGUCUCGCGAAGAGACAAUGCGUGCUAAUGAUGGGGCGGAUCCCGAUGAUGACUAUCCCUCUAGCGAGGAUCCAGAUGAAUGGAAUGAUGAGCCAGCCGGCGCUCAGGACGCCUCGGAAUGGGGCAAUGUCGAGUCAGCCACCCUACCUGACACAAAGGGCGACAUUAAGGACGAAUCGCAAGCUUAUCUGGACUUCUUGUCUGAAGAAGCCAAGAAGUUCAGCUCGUUAGUGGAGGAGGAUGAGGAAAGCAUCAUGGAAGACGACAGUGUUCUAGAGAGUCCUUUGGAUAAGUUCGAUCCGUACGGCGCUUUCAAGUUGUCGAUUGAGCGGUUACAGCGUGAGCAGCCACCCCUCUAUUCGUCGCUGAUGAGCACGGUGCCUGUAGAGGAUCAGAACUUCCUCAACCAAGUUGUGCAACAUGCCACACAGCAGCAAAACACUCAAGCUGCCGCGGCUGCGGUCGCCGACAAGCCAACAACAUGA